UCCCCACGGCGCUUGUUAUCCAUCCACCACGCGGCCUUCUCCUUCCGGGCCUCGCCGUCUUCCUCCUCCUCCCCCCAUCCCCACCGCCCUCGCCUCAAAAACCCCGCCCCCCUAAAAACCCUAGCCCUCGAAUUUGCCCCCGCCGGUCCGCCCUCUCGGAGCGUACGGGCCCCUCCUCCCCUGCGCAUGGCGUCCUCGACGGCCGCCAACCUCUGGGUGCUGCUCGGCCUCGGCAUCGCCGGCGUCCUUCUGGCGGCGAAGCGGCUCAAGCGCCCCGCCCGCCCGGACCACGGCGCCUUCGUGUCGCGCCUCGAGCUCCUGCCGCCCCCUCAGCCCCCGCCGCCUCAGGCGCGCCACCCCCUCACCGACCUCUGCUUCGCCAUCGCCGACGCAUUCCAUGUCAGUGGUUAUAUAACAAGUUUUGGCAGCCUAGAAUGGGCGAAGACACACGAUGCAGCAACACAAACAUCUCUAGUGGUUUCAACUCUUGUAGACGGUGGUGCUAUUUGUGUUGGGAAAACUGUUAUCGAUGAGAUGGCAUAUAGUAUCCAUGGCGAGAAUAAACAUUUUGGUACACCAACAAAUCCUGCAGCUUCCGAUCGAGUACCUGGAGGAUGCUCAAGUGGAUCAGCUGUUGCUGUUGCUGGUGGCAUGGUAGAUUUUGCCUUGGGUAUUGAUUCCAUUGGAGGAGUAAGGGUACCAGGUGGCUAUUGUGGCGUACUGGCGUUCCGGCCUUCACACGCUGUUAUAUCCAACAGUGGUGUUAUUCCUGUAGCUCCUAGCCUAGACACUAUAGGCUGGUUCGCAAAGGAUCCGAUUGUACUGCGUCGUGUUGGUCAUCUUCUUCUGAAAUUAUCUUAUACUGAUAUUCGUCUACCAAGACACUUCUACAUAGCAGAUGAUUGUUUUGAAAUUUCAAAGAUACCUGCAAGAAGGUUUACUCAGGUGGUCACAAAAUCUGUGGAAAAGCUGUACGGAAGACAAGUCUUGAGUCAUGUGAAUCUUGGAAAUUAUUUGGCUUCAAAAAUACCCAGUCUGCGGAACUAUUCAAACGGGCAAAAGAAUGGGGACUCAAAGUUUUCUUCAUUGCAAGCACUUUCUAGUGCCAUGCAGUUGCUUCACAAGCAUGAAUUUAGAGAUCAGCAUAACGAGUGGAUAAACUCAGCAAAGUCUGCUGUUGAUGCUUCCAUAGUUGGUAAUUUGUCUGAUGAUGGUGAUUCAACUAUUAAUAUCGUCCAAGAUGCAAGAAAGGAAGUGCGCUUAGCUCUCAACACACUUCUUAAGGAUGAUGGAAUUCUGGUCAUCCCAACUGCUCUGGGAUGCCCUCCAAAACUUAAUGCCAGGGAGCUCUCGUCUACAAGCUACAAUGCUGAGACAUUAUGCCUUCAAUCUUUAUCUAGUAUGUCUGGGUGUUGUCAGGUUACUGUUCCCAUCGGUACACAUGACAAGUGUCCUAUUUCGGUUUCCUUCAUUGCGAGGCAUGGUGGUGAUCGCUUUUUGCUGGACACCACUCAAGCCAUAUAUGCCACCAUCCAAGAGCAAGUUGAGAUCCUAGCAAAAUCUAAUCCUUCAAGUAAAGAGGCGAUGAACGAAGAAGCUGCUGAAGCUGCUAAAGAGAAAGGUAACAGUGCAUUUAAGGAGAAGCAAUGGCAAAAGGCAAUAAAUUUAUAUACUGAAGCAAUCAAAUUAAAUGGCAAAGUAGCCACAUACUACAGUAACAGGGCCGCGGCUUUUCUAGAACUAGCUAAGUACGAUCUUUUCUCCCUUUGUAAUUUUGUCUCCAAUCUAUCUUUGAGAGCUGGCAUGUAUGAAUGUUUGCCAUUUAUCUUUGAAGAGCUUGGAUGCAUGAGUGUUUAUUUGGCACUUCGGUUACUCAUGAUUAUCCGUUUUGGACCUUUCAGUUACCGCCAAGCUGAGACAGAUUGCACUAGCGCCAUCGAUAUUGAUCCAAAGAUUGUCAAAGCUUACUUGCGAAGAGGCACGGCAAGAGAGAUGCUUGGAUACUAUAAGGAUGCUGUCGACGAUUUUAGCCAUGCCCUUGUUCUAGAACCAAUGAACAAGACGGCUGGUGUAGCUAUUAAUAGAUUAAAGAAGCUAUUCCCGUAAGUGCCAAGCCCAUGGAAUUAUUUCUCUGAAAAUAUGGCUGCUGAUUUUGUGCACAAACAACUUCUUCGUGUCUUGGGGAUGGAACGGAAGUACCUGAGCGCCAUGGAUCUGUGAUGCCACAUAUGCUCUUGUGGGCUUUGCAAGGUACUGAAUCGUCAUUGCUGGUGGCAACGGAGUUGUCAUCUGUGGAGUCAUUUUACAUGUUCUCCCCCAAGUUUUGAUAAAGCAAAGUAAAAAAAGCAUAGGUUUGGAGAGUCGAUCAUAGCAGCAAUGUCCUCAGAUGUGAUCUACCAAUGCGCUCCCGCCAUGUAUAAUAUCGAUUUUGACAAUUAUUUGUUGAAACAUCUUGAUUUUGCCAGUGAAAUGGUCCGCAGUGCUGCCGUAUGCAUCCUUUU